UUAAAAUCAUAUAACAAUCAUGAUGUCUCGCAAAACGCUUUCUUUAUCAGUGGAAACUUCCAAAAAUGAUCCAAAAAAACAAACUAGUUUAAUGGCCUUCAUAACUCAGAAGAAAUCAGUUGCAGGCGAUUUCUCAACUAACAGCAAUUCACCGGUCGAUUCAGUAACUGAUAAAAAUAAUAUUAAAAAUAACCACAAAACACAUCCUUCUAGCAGUGACUUUACAGUAACUGAGGAUGAGGCUAAACUUCGUUCACCCAGUGUAUUUAAACGGAAAUUUCCAAAGACCAAACAGUCCAACACAAUCGAAAUUUUAUCAAGUGACUCUGAUAUAUCUCCAGAGAAGCUCAAAACUACAGCUUCGCAAAAUGACCAGUUACAAACAGAACCCGCUAAUUCAACGGUGGAUGAGUACGAUCUAUUGGUUUCAAAAUAUUGCACUCAAGCCACAGCCGUAUCCCUGCAGUUAGAACUCGAUUCGGAACUCGAAAAGGAUUCUCACUAUCAAGAAGCUACGAAAAAAUUGAAAGAGAAUUUGGCCAAAGUUAGCCCACAAAAGUCUAGCUUUUCAAACAGUAAUAAUAAAAAAGCAGCCAAAUUUGAGUAUAAGGUACCUAAAGCUGGCAAUCUUUUAUCAAGCCUGAAUGAGCCUUUAAGGAAGCCAAUUAACUUAAAUGAGACUUCUGCAUUAAGUAGAAGUGACAUAUUUACAAAAAAAACUGAAACUGCCAGCCCUAACUUACUUAACGGAUCGAACCUGACCUCUAAACAAAAAAGUAAUUUCAAUCCAAGUAAGGAAUACACGGAAAUAGGAAAACAGUCAACUCAAUCUUCUGAGACUACAAACAAAGAUAAAAGAGUAAAAAAGAUUCAGCUGAAAAACUCCGAAAAAUCUGAAGAUGAAAUAGACAACACUUUCUCUAGAGUCGAAGUGAGGAAGAAACUGACUAACGUAUUUGAAUCAAUGCCCGGAGGAAGCGCUUCUAAAUGUAAUCCAUCAGUAAAAUUUGAUCCAGCAUUGAACGAUAAAAUGGUGGAAAUAUUAAACGACCAACGUUUCAAAUCAGCACAAUUCUCCGAAGCGGAACUUGAAACGGCAUGUCAGUUUUUACGCGAAGCUAAUCAGCUGCUGCUGGAAAAAUUUUAUGACAUAUUUGCCCAGCUUCCAGAACAAUUCUUCUGCACUAUUGAAGGAUUCCAACUGGACACGUACAGUAAACUUAAAUCACUUAUCGAAAACACCCAUGGGAAGAUAAAAGCAAACAAAAAAGCGUUGGAAAAUUUUCCAAAGGUAAAAGUAUCAUCCGUUGGGUCUUGCAAACCCUCGGUUAAGACUGUAAAUAAUGUUCAAGCGUCUAAAAGCUAUGAUUUCGAUGAAAUGGAAAACGAUUUUAUUAAUAGCACUUUGCCUCCAAAACAAGCCAACGAGACAUCUUCGCGAUCCAGCGGGUUUGUGUUUAAGAAACCUACAUCUGGAAUGACUCUUAACAAACUAGAAGAGAAUAAGCAGCCUGAGGUCUACCCUCGACAAGAAGAGAGUGACGAGGAGGAAGAUGUUGAUAGCAUUAUCGAUAGUAUACGAGAAGCAGAGUUAAUUGAUAAGGGUCGUACUAAUCAACCACAUAUGAGUACGAUCAAUUUGACAACACCAGAGAACUCGUUCAAAGCCGCUUCAGAAUCACGAAUCACAUUUAAUACUAAAGAAACCUGUCUUCGAAAUACGCAAUUUAUUGAAAACGUGGAAACACAGGUUGACGAUGACGGUUGGCAAGUUUAUGAUCCGACUCAGUUUGAAGACCAGGAAGCGUUUGUUAUCACCGACGCUUCCGAGGGGUUCGAAAGUGCUGCGAGCUUCCACCAGAAAAAAACUCAACUCAGAGAUGCUUCUCUAGUUCGGCUUCUGGAGGAUGUUGGUGAAAGUCAGUUUGAGCGCUCAGCCAGUACAAGUCACAGUCGGCAAAAGUCGCAAUCAUUGGGAAACUUUCAUUCAGGAGUUCGUAACGAUGGUACAACUGGGGAGUUCGAUGGCAUGCACUAUUCGCAUUCCGAGCGACUACAGAUAGCGUUUCGUGAAACGUUCGGACUUCGAUUGUUUCGUCCAAACCAAUUGCAAGUCAUCAAUGCCACACUCUUGGGAAACGAUUGCUUUGUAUUGAUGCCAACUGGAGGAGGAAAAUCCCUAUGCUAUCAGCUACCAGCAAUUCUGACUGAAGGUGUCACUAUUGUAGUGAGUCCGCUCAAAUCAUUAAUUCUUGAUCAAGUAAACAAGCUUAGUUCACUUGACAUACCCGCAGCUCAUCUAUCCGGAGAAGUGUCAUACGCUGAUCAACAGAAAAUCUACAAUGAUUUACAGUGCCCCAAACCAAUACUGAAAUUAUUAUACGUAACACCAGAAAAAAUAUCCUCUUCUGCUCGAUUUCAAAACAUUCUCACUGGUUUGUUCCGUACGAAGCAGUUGGGAAGGUUCGUUAUCGAUGAAGCGCAUUGUGUAUCUGCUUGGGGGCAUGACUUUCGACCCGACUACAAAAAGCUUUCAGUACUGCGGCAGCAAUUUCCAUCAAUUCCUAUUAUGGCUUUAACAGCAACAGCUAAUCCACGCGUACGGAUAGAUGUACUCAAACAACUAACUCUAUCACAAACUACCAAAUGGUUUUUGUGCAGUUUCAAUCGGCCAAAUUUAAAAUACAUCGUUCGGCCGAAACAAGGGGCUGCUACAAAGACGGAAAUUAUCGAGUUGAUCAAAAAGAAGUUCCUUCGUUCAACGGGCAUAAUCUACUGUCUGUCAAAGAAAGAUUGCGACCAACUUUCUGCGGAAUUACAGAAUUCAGGUAUCAAAGCAAAGAGUUAUCACGCGGGUUUGUCGGAUACGGUACGAGAAUCAACACAAAAAGAUUGGAUAACUGACAAGAUUAAAGUUGUCUGUGCUACCAUUGCUUUUGGUAUGGGAAUCGACAAGCCGGAUGUCCGUUACGUAAUCCAUCACUCGAUGCCUAAAAGUAUCGAAGGGUAUUAUCAGGAAGCUGGAAGAGCAGGUCGAGAUGGAGAAAUUGCAACGUGCAUCCUGUUUUACAACUAUUCCGACAUGCUACGCUAUAGGAAAAUGAUGGAUCACGACAGUUCAAUACCAUUUGAAGCUAAGCAAGUUCAUUUACACAACCUGUUUCGAAUGGUGAACUAUUGCGAAAAUGUGACCGAUUGUCGACGAACACAGCAGCUGGAUUACUUUGCAGAACACUUCACGCGGGAACAAUGUCUUGAGAAUCGAGCGACCGCCUGUGACAAUUGCCUCAUGCAAGGCGAAUACAAAACAAUUGAUGUAACGGAAGAUUGCCUCGCUAUCGGAAAGUGUGUUCGAGACUUAUGUGCAGGUAGAAAUCGUUUUACCUUACUACAUUUAGUCGAAGUUUUCAAAGGAAGUGAGCAGAAAAAGAUCAUUGAAAACAACCAUCAUCGGACUCCUUAUCACGGCAGGCUAAAGAGCUGGGAUCGGAGCGAUAUUCAGCGAUUAAUGCAUAAGUUAGUAAUCGAGGAUUAUCUCAAAGAGGACCUGAUUUUUAGCAACGAUAUCCCACAGGCGUACAUAAAGAUUGGAAGUAAAAUUGAGAAGUUAAUGAACCGCGAAAUACAAGUUAAUUUUUCAGUCAAAGAAAAAGUUACAAACAAACGUGUUCAACAAAUUGAUGUUGGCAAUGAUCCUAAACUGGAUGAUCAAAGCAAUGCCCAACUCAAGGAAUUACAAGAACGUUGCUACAAUGAUCUAUUAGACAUUUGUCGCUCAUUGGCUGCAGAGAAGAAUGUAACUCUUGCUUCAAUCAUGAACAUGCAAGCACUUAAAGCUAUGUCAGAACGACUUCCAGAGACUCAGGCAGAAAUGCUAGGAUUGCCUCAUGUUACAAAAGCGAACUUUGAAAAGUACGGUCAGCAGCUGUUGGAAAUCACUCAAAAUUAUGCUGCUGAGAAACUUUGCCUAAUGUUAGAUGCAGAUGCAUCUGGCAAAACAAACAACCCGACCGGAGAAUAUGGGAGUGACUCAAGCGAUGACGAUACAGAUUGGGGUCGAUUGGCACGUGAAGCGUCAAACAGCAGCUCUGGCGGCGCAAAUGGUAAACGCAAACGAAGUUGGGGUGCGAGUAGUCGAGGCAAAAAGCGAUUUCGCGGGCGAACGAAAUCGAAACCAGUAUCGCGUGGCAAAGCAUCGGGAGCACGUGGAGGAAAAGCAACUAAACGAGGAUCUAGCGCCGCGGGUUCAAGUAGAGGUGGUCGAACAGGUGCUACAGGAUUCGGUUUACUGCCUUUGCCUGGUAACGGGUAAUUAUAUUAUUAUUUUUCAAAAGUAUAC